AACGUGAGCACUUGUGUCGGGUCUCGUGGACGUUUUUAUGGCUUCAGUGGGGGCAGAGGAGUCGGGACAGACAGGAAAAGCUCGCGUGCGUGUGUGUGUGUGUUGGAACAGCUGAGACAGGAGCUGGAAUGCGGUAGAUAGGGAGCGCAGUGGGACAUUUAUGGAAACCCCGUCCGAGGAGAUGCGAUUCUCUCUCAGGACAUUAAGCGCAUGUACAGAGAAGGGAGUGCACGCGUCUGCGAGUUUCAGUCACCCUCGGAUUAGCGUCUAUUUAGUUUCACUGGAUUGUACUACUUAACCGAGGAUUUUAUUUUAAAAGUUGGGAGAUAGAGCAAACUGAAGGUUCCCUCCAAGGUGAAGCUCACAGACAGAUCCCAGGGCCAAGUUUCAGAGAGGAGUAACUAUGGCUGACGUGGCAGAAAAGCAAGAGAUCCUUCUUUCCGCUUCCAAGCCGGUGGCGAGGAGCUACGUGCCCAAGCUCGGCAACGGGGACGUCAAUAAUAAAUUCGAAGCCAUGCAGAAGGCCAGGGAGGAGCGUAGUAAGAGGCGGAGUCAAGAGGAGCAUCAGAGGAGGAAGGAACAGUACGUUAGAGAGAGAGAGCGGAACCGGAAGAAACAGCAGAUAAAGGAACUCCUUGACUCAAGUGAUGAAGAAGACGAAAAAAAAACCAAGCCCGAAAAACUGUACGUCCCCAAGAUUACAGGCAGCGUGAAGGGAAAAUUUGCCGAGAUGGAGAAACAACGGCAAGAGGUGGAGCGGAAGAGAACUGAGGAGGAGCGGAAGAGGCGCCUCACCCAAGACGCUCUGGAGAAGACCAAGAUCCAAAGGGAGCUGGCAAAGAAGGCGGGACAGGAUGGAGACGAUGGCCUACUUAUGGAAGUGGCACCUGCGAAGCCAUCCACAGCUCCGGGUAAGAUCAAGAUUAACUUUGAGGACCUGGGCAAGGCCCGGGAGGACGAGGAGAGGAAGAGAACGGUGGAGGAGAAGCAACAGCGUUACGAGGAACACAAGCGCUCCCUCAGAGAAGCAAAGCGCUGCUCCAUGAUUUCACUGGACGAUGAGGAGCCCCAGCAGAAGGAGAAGGAGCAGGUGACGCCAGGGAAGCUGAAGCUGACAUUCGAGGAGCUGGAGAAGCAACGGCAGGAGCAGCAGAGACAGCAGGCCGAGGAGGAGGCCCGCCAACGGCUCGAGGAGGAGAAGAGAGCCUUUGAGGAGGCCAGGCUGGAGAUGGGGGCCUUGGACGAUGACGAAGAAGACGCCUCGCCCGCAAAGGAAGAGGUCAGACCCGGGAAGCUAAAGCUGAGCUUUGAGGAGCUGGAGAGGCAGAGGUUAGAAGGGGAACGCAAGAGGGUGGAGCAGGAGGCCAGGAGGCGCAUCGCAGAAGAGAGGAGAGCAUUCGCCAAGGCCAAGAAAGGCGUAGCCAGCAACGGGCUUCCAGGCAGCCAGAACCAGGCGGGGAGGUCCGGGGAAUCGGAGGGCGACGGCUCGGAGAACCAGCACGAUGCCCCGUUGCAGAUAGUGGACGAGGACGAGGACAUCCUGGCGACCACGAUGAGCGCGGAGAGCGACCGGCCGGGGAAGCUGAGCGUCAGCUUUGAGGAGAUGGAGCGGCAGAGACAGGCGGAAGAGCAACGGGCGGUGGAAGAGGAGGCAAAGCAGCGUCUGGAGGAAGAGAAGAGGCUGUUUGCCGAAGCACGAAAGAGCAUGGUCAACGAGGAGGAGGAGGAGCUGGCGGCGUGUGAUUCGCUGGAGGCACUGGCCCCCGGGAAGUUGGAAAUCAACUUCGAGGAGCUGCUCAAACAGCGGGAGGAGGCGGAAAGGAGACGCACGGAGGAGGAGCGCCGGCAGAAGAUGGAACAGGAGAAGCAGGAGUUCGAGCAGCAGCGACAAGAGAUGGGAGUGGAUGAAAUCAACGAAAGCUCUAAAGCGGUGAGUACGGAGUACAAGGAACUGAACAAGCUGAAGAGGACCGGCUCCAUACAAGCGAAGAACCUGAAAUCGAAGUUUGAGAACAUUUCACAACUCACCGAAGAAGAGAUAUCGAAGAAAGUUGAAGAGGAGAGGGCGCGGAGAAAGGCCAUGGACCUCGAGAUCAAAGAACGGGAAGCGGAGAGAUUCCAGGAGGAUGAGGAGGAGGGCGGGAAGGAGGCGAGAUCUGAGGAAGCUUCGUCUACGCAGAAGGUGGACAUGCGGGCGCGUUUUGAACAGAUGGCGAAGGCCAGACUGGAGGAGGAGAGGAAGAGGAUAGAGGAGCAGAAAAUGCUGAGGAUGCAGUUUGAACAGCAAGAAAUCGACGCAGCGCUGCAAAAAAAAAUGGAAGACGAAGGAGGAAGCGUCAUCAGCGACUCCAUGGUUUACGAAGACGACCACGAAGGAUCCGGGGCUCCGUCGUUUAAGAAGGCCCUCAAGAACCAGUCCGUCGUCGACUCGGAACCCGUGCGGUUCACCGUCAAAAUCAUGGCAGAGCCCAAGCCAGAAGUGACCUGGUGGUUUGAGGGUGAAAUGCUUGAAGACUGCGAGGACUACCAGUACAUUGAGAGGGGAGAGACAUACUGCCUUUACCUGCCAGAGACCUUUCCGGAAGACGAGGGGGAGUACAUGUGCAAGGCUGUCAACAGCAGAGGCACGGCGGCCAGUACCUGCCUUCUUAAAGUAGAAACUGACGACUACUGAUGGCCUUCACUGGAACUUUCCCUGUCCCUCCCUCCUGUCUUUUCCUCUCCCGUCUCCAUUUCUCAUGGUGCGGCAAGAAGAACCACACAAUUUUAGCACAAUUUCAUCCAGCGGAUAAACAUAUUCAGGAUAAAAAUACAUUGUUUACAGAUUGGUUGUAAUCAAGAGCUCCACUAGCCAGUCCAAAAGUGGUGAAUGCUCAGACAUACUAAGUGCCAAGCCCAAUCGACUAAUCUUAAUUGUUUUCAAAAUGAUAUCUGAUACUGUCAUUAUGAUCACUCGACCCAAUGAGAAUUUUACUUUUUGCUUUUACCAUUCCCUAUUUUUCCCCUGCAUUUUCUGUUUGUUGCUUUAGAUACCUUCCUUCAAUCUACUGCCUUUAGAAUGUAUUUCAAUAAAAUAACUUUCUUGGAAUCCGUUGCCUUUAUUCCAUUAGCCUUGUAUGACUUGUAUUUAACAAAUGAGCUUGUAAUCAGCAUUAAAGGACCUGGACAAAACCAAUAAAUGCAACCGAACACUUCUGUGGAAGAAUUGUAGCCCACUUUAGCCCAAAAUUGCUUUCAUUCAGACCAAUAGGUAGGCUUUCAAGCGCGAGCUGGUCGUUUCAGGUCCUGCCACAACACUCUGUUGUGUUGAAGUCAGGAAUUUGACCAGGCCACUCCAAUACCCGGUCCCAAUUCUCCCCAAUGUAUUAACACUCAGUUUUGAAUGUUUGAGAGAGCGACCGCCUUGAUGGUCCCAAUACUGAGCGAGCCAAAUUUCAGUGAGGGGGGGGUAGUCCCAGUUUAUCCCUCCGACUCUCCCUCAACAAUGAGGAAACUAAAGUGCUGGCCCAGCAGGCAUUGUGUUGCUUAAUGCUGUUACAAGAGUCGUUUAACCACAUUAAAAUGUAAUGUGACUGCAAUGUCAUACCUUUUCAAAGGACAAUCAUCAUGGCCGUCGCAGUAUGGUUAGCAAACCAGACUCGUCUCAAGUGAUGCUCAUUUCAUCGAUUAAAGUGUACCGACGACAAUCUGUAUGGUAUUCAUUUGGAGUGUAAAUGUGUGACUGUUCAAAGCAGCUGUUUAAUGACAUUUUGAGUGUUGGUGAUUUAAUUCAUUCUUUGUAAAUUCUGAUUUUGGUCGUCAGAGCAGACAAAGUGCAUCCCACACCUGCUUUUUUUUUUUUUUUUUUUUUUUAAAUGCUCCUCAUCACCUCAAUGUUUGUCCUGACGAGCGGGUUGGUGCCUUGCAUGGCAGCCAAUCACCGUUGGCGGGCCAGGGUAUGUGUGAAUGGGUGAAUGAGAAGCAUCAAUUGUACAGUGCUUUGGAUACAGGCGCUACAUAAAUGCCAGCCAUUUACCAUUCAUUUUUGCAACCUUUUGCAAUCUUUUUGGCAGCGGCAUUAACCUUCUCGCUCUCGCAUGAAACCCCAUUUUUACCCAGUUUCUGACUUAUUGUGGAGUUCUGAACACUAACCAUAGCUAGAGGCUAGAGGCCUGCAGGUCCUUGGAUGUUCUUCUGGGAUCUUUUGCGACUGCCUGGAUGAGCAGUGACCGAGCCUAUGGAGUAGCUUCAGCAAGCCGCCCACUCUCGGGUUAGAAUUAUUAGUGUUCACCUUAGGCUCUUACAACUUUUUUUCUUCACUACUUGAAAUUUCUGGAAGUACCUUUGAUCACCGCCGUAUGAUUAUAGAAACCGUGGUGACGACUUCACACUGAUGCUAGUGUUCAAGUGAGGUUGAGAAUCGACAGGAACGACUGGCUGCAAUCAAGAACUGCUGUGUUCAAUCAGCUGAAUCUAAUUGUCAAUAAAAAUGUGGUUAACUUGGUUGAGCAAUUAAGGGGCAAAUUUUCAAUUUUUUUUUUUUUUUUACAUUGGUGUUCUAAAACCUUCUCAUUAAAUAAACAAUUAAAUGGG